AAGUUGUUAUGUAACAAAGACUCUUUGCCGUUAAGUCUGGUACUCGAGUGACCGUCAUCACUCUAACGCUAAAUGGAAACGGAACUGGAAACCGUUGGAAACGGCAACGGAACCACCGUAAACGAAAUCAAAGUCCCAUCACCACCGCCCCUAGAUGGCGGCGAAGCCGCCGAUGAAGGAAACGAUUGCGGAAGCCGUGAAGAUUCGGCGGCCGGAGGGCGAGUGCGCAAACAGCGAGUGAAGGGGCCUUGGUCGCCAGAGGAAGAUGCGAUACUGAGUGAACUCGUAAGCAAGUUCGGGGCGAGGAAUUGGAGUUUGAUUGCGCGUGGAAUCACCGGCCGUUCUGGCAAGUCGUGUCGGCUUCGUUGGUGUAAUCAGCUUGAUCCGGCCGUUAAGCGCAAGCCAUUUACUGAUGAGGAGGAUCGGAUGAUAAUUUCAGCUCAUGCUGUACAUGGGAACAAAUGGGCAGUGAUUGCAAGGCUUCUACCCGGGAGAACAGAUAAUGCUAUUAAAAAUCAUUGGAAUUCCACAUUGCGGCGCCGAUACAUGGAUCUUGGCAAAAGAAACCCAGAAUCUGCAAAUAUGGUGGAAGAUGCUGGCUUGGACAAAAACAAGGCAUUAUCUGAAGAAACUCUGUCUUGUGCGGAGGACAGUUCAUUCAGAUCCCUGGAAGUAAAAGAUGUAAGCUCUUCGGAAAAGUUAGAUAAUCAAUCAAAGGGAAAAGCACCAACAAGGACUCAAUCUAGCCAUGAAUCAAUUGAACAACCAACACUUUUCCGACCUUUAGCCCGUAUCAGUGCUUUUAACGUUUAUAAUAACAUGGAUAGACCAGAAUUUGUUUCACCUUGUUCAAGGCCAGUUCCAGUGUUAGGCCCUUCUAUUCAAACAUCAAAGCCAGAUGUUGGGAUAUGCAAAUUGCUUGAAGGAGUUUACACUGAUCGUUUAGUACCUCCGCAAUGUGGUCAUGGCUGUUGUGGAACUCAAAAUGGUCAAAGUAAGUCCUUGCUGGGGCCAGAAUUCGUGGAAUUUUCAGAACCUCCAUCUUUUCCGAACUAUGAGUUGGCUGCAAUAGCCACCGAUAUAAGUAACCUUGCUUGGCUGAAAAGCGGAUUGGAAAAUAGCAGCGUCAGACCAAUGGAUGAUGCAGCUGUUGGUACAACACCUCAUACAUCUCUAGCGAACAUGGGACAUUUUGAGGAGAGCCGAAUGGGUGAUCGCUUAUAAAUUGAGAAAAACAGCAAGUUAAUGGGCACUAUGACCAACCUGCUGUCAACAUAGAAUGAGACAAUUGUACUUAUAAAUUGAGAUAAAGCGGUCAGAAAAAUGAUGAAGAAUGGCAGUCUUAGCUUUUGAAUUAGCUUGGGAGUAAUGCUGGAAUGGGAUCCCGGUUUCUUGUGUUCAAGGUAAAUGUCUUGCGGUACUGAAUCACAAGAAAGACUUCAUAUGAGUUCAUUGCAAUGCUUGACCCCGAUGCUUAAAUGGGCAUAGUGGUUGAUAAGUUUGAUACGGGGGAGCUUGUUUCCAUUUUCAUUUGAUCAACAAUUCCUAUUAAAUGGGCUUUUAGAUUAAAUGUUCAUGUCUUGUGCUUGAAUGACCUUUGAUGCCAGAGAAUAACAUGGAGUGCGGGACAAAGCGUAAAGUAGGUUUCAUGUGUUUAAUUCUGAAGUAGAGCUGCAACUGCCUUGAUAUUUAGUUUCGUUAGAUUCAAACAGUUAAGGAAGGGCAAUUACAUUUAUUUCCCUUGAUAGUUGUGAGUGAAUAUAAAAGUGGAAGACAUCAGCCUUCACUAAAAGCAAGUGGCCAUUACUAGUGAAAGAAACACGUCGAUGUACCCUUUCCAGGUUCCAUCGUCACUCCCUAUAUAACAUACUAAUCUUUCCAGGGUUCAAACCAUGAAAGGGACACAUGCUAGGGG